GCGGCAGCAGCGGCCGGAGCUGAAUGAGAGAUCGCGCCGGCGACGGUCGGGGAGCGCUACCCCGGGAGGCGGCGGCGGAGCAGCGGCAGGAGCGGCGGCCGCCCCCGGGCCGGCGUCGUGGGGCCAUCCUCUGAGGCGGCGGCUGCGGCCGCACAGGAAUAAUGUAUUUGUUGCCUUGGACUUGAAAUUUUCAAAGCCCUACUACAGUAAACGGAAAGCCAAGAACUGAUGUUGUGGGAAAUAUGGACCUAAUGAACGGGCAGUCGAGCAACAUUAACAUUGCAGCUACUGCUUCAGAGAAAAGUAGCAGUUCCGAAUCAUUAAGUGACAAAGGCUCUGAACUGAAGAAGAGUUUUGAUGCUGUGGUAUUCGAUGUUCUUAAGGUUACACCAGAAGAAUAUGCGGGUCAGAUAACAUUAAUGGAUGUCCCAGUAUUUAAGGCUAUUCAACCAGAUGAGCUUUCAAGUUGUGGAUGGAAUAAAAAAGAGAAAUACAGUUCUGCACCAAAUGCAGUUGCCUUCACAAGAAGAUUUAAUCAUGUAAGCUUUUGGGUAGUUCGAGAGAUCCUUCAUGCACAGACAUUAAAAAUCAGAGCAGAAGUUUUGAGUCAUUAUAUUAAAACUGCAAAGAAAUUGUAUGAAUUAAAUAACCUCCAUGCACUUAUGGCAGUGGUGUCUGGUUUACAAAGUGCCCCCAUCUUCAGACUAACUAAAACAUGGGCAUUAUUGAGUCGAAAAGAUAAAACUACUUUUGAAAAAUUGGAAUAUGUUAUGAGUAAAGAAGAUAAUUACAAAAGACUUAGAGAUUAUAUUAGUAGUUUGAAGAUGACACCUUGCAUUCCAUAUUUAGGCAUCUAUCUGUCAGAUCUGACUUAUAUUGAUUCUGCAUAUCCAUCAACUGGAAGCAUUCUAGAAAAUGAGCAGAGAUCAAAUUUAAUGAAUAACAUCCUUCGAAUAAUCUCUGAUUUACAGCAGUCUUGUGAAUAUGAUAUUCCCAUGUUGCCUCAUGUCCAGAAAUAUCUGAACUCCGUUCAAUAUAUAGAAGAACUACAAAAAUUUGUGGAAGAUGAUAAUUACAAACUUUCAUUAAAGAUCGAGCCAGGAACAAGCACACCACGUUCUGCUGCUUCCAGAGAAGAUUUAGUAGGUCCAGAAGUAGGAGCAUCUCCACAAGGUGGAAGAAAAAUCAUAGCAGCAGAAGGAGCUUUGCUACCACAAACACCUCCAUCGCCUAGGAAUCUGAUACCACAUGGACACAGGAAGUGCCAUAGCCUUGGUUAUAAUUUCAUUCAUAAAAUGAACACAGCAGAAUUUAAGAGUGCAACAUUCCCCAAUGCAGGGCCAAGACAUCUGCUGGAUGACAGUGUCAUGGAGCCCCAUGCCCCAUCCCGAGGACAGGCUGAGAGCUCUACUUUGUCUAGUGGAAUAUCAAUAGGUAGCAGUGAUGGGUCUGAGCUUAGUGAAGAGACCUCAUGGCCUGCCUUUGAAAGGAACAGAUUAUACCAUUCUCUCGGUCCGGUGACAAGAGUGGCACGAAAUGGCUAUCGGGGCCACAUGAAGGCCAGCAGUUCUGCAGAGUCAGAAGAUUUGGCUGUACAUUUGUAUCCAGGAGCAGUUACUAUUCAAGGUGUUCUCAGGAGGAAAACUGUUUUAAAAGAAGGCAAAAAGCCUACAGUAGCUUCUUGGACAAAAUAUUGGGCAGCUUUGUGUGGGACGCAACUUUUUUACUAUGCGGCCAAGUCUCUAAAGGCUACAGAGAGAAAGCAUUUUAAAUCUACGUCAAAUAAGAAUGUUUCUGUGGUAGGAUGGAUGGUGAUGAUGGCUGAUGACCCUGAACACCCAGAUCUCUUCUUGCUGACAGACUCUGAGAAAGGAAACUCAUACAAGUUUCAAGCUGGUAAUAGAAUGAAUGCAAUGCUGUGGUUUAAACAUUUGAGUGCAGCCUGCCAAAGCAACAGACAACAGGUUCCUACCAACUUGAUGACUUUUGAAUAAAAGGGUAAAAACCUAAAAAAGAAGACAGAUGAACUGUGGCUCACUAGUGUGGAGUAAGGACCUGAUGAACAGGUGCCAGCUAUACAAAUCUGUGCCAGGACAGAGCCUGCGGGCUCAGCCUCUAGACUUUGGAGAACUGAACAAACAAAAAGCACUAAUUUCAGGGAAUGGAUUCACAAUGAGUGAUAUUCCCAAAGUGAAAAUUGGAGUUGCAACAUGAACUGCCAUGGACCAUGCUUCUUUUCUCUGAACUGACCUGUGGAAACCACUGCCUUAAAGAGUGAAAGGAAAAACAACAUGAAACACCAAAUAGUGUGUGUGAGACUUCUGGCGGUGCUGUGCUUAGGGUAGAUUGUAGCUAGUUUGCAUUUCUUUUAACUUUCUACUAAUUUUGGAGGGGGGGAGGGUAUCACAUUUUUUAGAUAUUCUUUAAAGAAAAAAGUAAAACAUUUCUUAAGGGUUACAUUAGGAGCUGGGUUCAAACUGUGGAUGUAAAGAAAUUUUCACGUUCUAGGGAUUAUACCAGCAGCUCACUUUAAGAACUUCUCUCAUAUUCCAUUCAUCUGUAGCCCCAUACUGUCUCUCAGACCAAGAGUGGAAGAACUGUAAUUGUAAUAAUGUGAUUGGGGGGUGGGGGAAGGGUUGUUGUUGUCAAUGUUUUUAUUGUUGUUUUAAACACUAAACUUGCAAUUCUUAGUACUGUAUGGGGAACAUUCUUUUCUGCAGGAGGCACAAAGGCUGAGUAGUCAUACACCAGACCCCAGAGGAGGGGAGUGGGGAGUUGUUUUUAACUGAAAGAUCCAGAAAAGCAUGGAUGUUUCUAAGUGGGUUUAAAAUUUAGUCCCAUUGUCUGAUUCUACAGGCAUCUGCAUUAUUGAAUAAGAGGGAGAGAGACUUAGGAGAGAAUUGUAAUCUUGAACUAGACAUCCUACCCAAAGGUGAUUUCAUACUAACCAUAUUACAUAAUUGGAUCAUCCAGUUUUCCAGUCACAUGUGAUGUAUGUCAGUAAGAUAUUACAUACCUAAUGGGAUCAGAAUUCAGAACUUUCCUUUUAUAGUGUUUAAACUACAGAGUGCCAGAGUUUAUUUUCUUGAAGUUACUCGUUUUAAUUAAUAUUCAAGAAGAAACUCAGUAGCACAUUGGUGUAAAGUCUUCCCACUGCGUACAUGAUUUUGGUUUUUUUAAUAAAUUGAACGUGGAAAUGUUUUUUACCUUAACAUGGAUAUAGUAAACAAUCAUUUUGAAAGGGAAAAUACAUAAUGUAUGAAUGAAUUUGAGACCUAGAUUAAAAUUUAAAAACCUUUCUUCUUCUACAAGUUACCCUUUAUAAUAAGACAUUUUUUUAGAAACUUAGUAAAGACCUUUAACAGGAAAUCAUAUCCUUUUAGUUAAAUUUUAUAUCUAUGUUUUGAAUUACCAAAUUGUGCUGUCUUCUAUGCAACACUCCAUUUAACUACAGAAAUAUAAAGAGGAAAAUAAUACAGUCUAAAUCCUGUCACCUCAGAGCUUCAAAGUGAGCACUUGAACAAAGAUUAACUAUUUGGUCAGCUACACAGGGUCAUCAAGUAAACUUUUGAAGCCCUCUUGCAUUUUAAAAGUAGCUCAAAUUAAGAAAUAUCACAUGACAUUUUCUAGGAAUUGAUUUCUAUCUCCACAUUCCUACUACAAAAUUAGCCUUAUGUAAAAUGAAUAAUUUUACACACCAUUUUCUUAGAAGGUGUUACCUUUCUUUUAUUUUUUGCUUUUUACCAUAAGUAUUUAGCCCUUGAUCCUGUGAAAUUUUAAAUAGGUAAUAUUGUUAAACCCAGAAAUAAAUAAGGAUCAAUUAUGGUUUGAAAGGGGAUGUUAUGAUGCCGAAGUCUUUCUAAGUGUUAAGUUCUAUAUAUUUCUUUUUGUUUCUGAAAAGGAUGUAGCAAUUGCUCAGUAUGUAUCUGAUGUAAGGCAGUUAGAAACAUUUGAUUUAGUGUCCAUUAUCUUCUGUUUUUGUCUGUUGUGUGAGAUAAUGGUUUUGACUUCAAAAUGUUUUAUUUUGGAAACUGACAUGAGUUGGAAGAUGGCAAAAGGAGUAUCAUUUUUCAAUUCAUGCAUCCCCCGAGUCUGACCCAUGUUGGGUACGUAGCAAAGACACCAUCUGCAUAGCCAGCAGUAUUACUAUGUAGACUUUGCACAUCUUUAAUUUUGUCUUUAAUUUUUUAAAAUUUCUUAAUGUGUUUUGUUUCUUUUCAGAAAUAAGUGUUUUAGACAGUGUGUGUACUUUAAAAGAGUUAGUGUAGGUGAGUUACCUGUGGAGUUUUAAAUAUAUAUAUAAGCUAAUGUUGCAGGCUAAUCAUUCUGUUCUCAUGUUAGAGCAAAAAUAUGCAACUGGGAGUCAGAGCCUGACGUCAUAGUUUUGCCAAAGACAGAACCACGUUGUGUUGGAAGGUGUGUUUGAGUUUCCAACUCUUUAAUCCAUAUAUGCAUGGAAGAAUUGCCGAAAUUUGAUUGUAAUAAUUCCACUCGGCCCACAGAUAUAUUCAAGAUUCUCGAUUUAUCUGUAACUUCAGAUUGGUCCGUUUCAAAGAAUUUGUCAUUGAUGCCAAAAUUAUCAUAUUUAAUUACAACUACAAAUAAUAGCCAUCCAUUAAAACAUAGGUACAAUCCAGAAGUCCAGUAUUUUUGUUUUACUGAUGUUCAUUCAAAUGAAUUUCUUAGUAUAGCAAAAUGACUAAAGUUCUUACCAAGUUUCCUAAGUACCUCCGUUAGAAGAUGAGUUUAUUCCUGUCUUACUAAGCCUGCUGUCACUGCAAUUUCUAUGUGUUUGAAAUAAGAUCAUAAAUAUGUCCUUUUUUUCUCUCUCUCCUCUUACCAAGAAUGUACUUAGGAGAGAAUUUAAACUGAUUUAGGGAAUAAACCCUACAAGUUACAUGUCCAAAAACCCUGAAUGGACAUCAGCAAACACUUCAUUUGAGGUGCAUGUUUAACAACUAUUCUAACAUUGAAGUGUAUUUUUAGUGUAGAAAUAAGACCCCGAUUCUAAAAGCUUAGGAACUAAAGUAAAUUUCAUUUUACUUGGAAUGUACACGUUUGCUAGUAAUUCUCAUCCAUGUUCAAGCUUUAGAUGAUGUGUCUUCAGAGUAUUAUUUUUAGGGAACUCUCCACAUUGUGAGGCUUAAAAGAGGGUUAGUCAAACACACCUUCCUUUUCUCCAUUGUGUAAAUGUUAGUUGUAUUGACAUUACGGAAAGGGAUCCAAACAAUUUGAGUUCAAGUAUUCUUUCUUCCUAGGCAUGUGCUUCAUUUUUACAAAGCUAUUUCCUGUGGAAAAUGCCAUAUGACUACUGCACUAUGCACUGUAUGAACUGUGUUGAUAUUUGAUAUAGCUACAUGUUCAGUCUACUGAAAGCAAAGAUGAUUAGAGCAGCAUGGUAUCUGUACUGAUUUUUAAUAGUCUUCCAAAAGACUUAUUAGAGGGCCAUAAGAAAUGUUAGGAGACUGGCUGAAAUGCAUUGUUUUAGGUCCUUUAAUAAGUAGUCUUCUGCAACCUAUCUGCUCUUCUUUGCUGUGCUUCAAGUUUUAUCUGACCAUUUAGGCUUAUUUUAAAUUUUUCCUGUCCAAAUUACGCUUCAGGUUUUUUUUUUUUAAGUCAGACUCUGCUUUACAUUUUUAUUGCUGUAAUACACAGGCUAUCAAAUGAAAAAUGAAUCAACAAACAAUGGAAGACUUGCUUUCUUGACAAAAAGAGGCUCUAGCUCUAUUGUUGGUUUCCCAGCCAUUUCCUGAAGCACAAUUAAAUUCCUAGUCCAACACAACAUCUUGCUCUGAGAAUGAGGUACAGACUACAACAGUGUUGUCUAUCAGAAGGCCUUUCUUGUUCCAACAAAAUCUCAGGCUCCAAAGGCCCAAUGAAUAAUUGGAUCCCUUUUUGAAAAUGGGGAAUUAGAUUAUGUCCUACUAGAACAAUAAGAUGACUCUUCUGAGUCGAGGUGUGACAAAGCACGUAUUGAUGUCUAUCUGGCUUUUUCAGUGGCAUUUUACUGUGGGUUUUUCUUUUGUUUAGAUUUAUAUUCUUUAAGGAAAAAAAAAGAUUGUUUUCAUGGUCAAUGUGACAUAUACUGCCUUUUGUAGGCUUCUGUAUGCGAGAACUAGUAUUAAAUCACGUUGACAAUGAAUUAUUCUCCAAGUGAAAUCAGUCUUUUGAAAAUUAUUUAAAUGCCUUUUUUUGGUUUUCUUUUCCCCAAAAAUGGCUUGUGUCUUAGAUGACAUUCUAUGUGGAGGGUUCUAAUAAAAGAAAUCUGUAUAUACAAACACUGAGCUUAUUGAAAGGGUAGAUUCAAGUUAUAGCAUGAGAAAAAUUUGGUCAGUGCCUUAUCAAUUUGAAGACCAAUUCUAGGGCAGAGAGUAUGACAAUAAUCGUUUGUGUGCUGACUCCUCUUUUUUCAAGAGUGUGUGCUAUCCCUCUCUCCACCAACCAAAUCUAAGACUGAGAACAUGUGUAAAUAGGUGACUGUAGGUUAUUAUCAGAAUCCUCCUUAGAGUUUUGAGCCUUUUUAGAGAUACUAUCUCUCUGUAUGCCCUUCUGUCCUGUACCUUAAACCUUGUCAUUAAAUAAAUCCUUUUUAAAAAAAUAAACAAAAUUUGAGAACUGUCUGAUGUCCUGUUAAGAGAUGCUUCUGUCGACAUAGAAUAAAUAUAAGGCCUUUCUCAAGAGCUUUGGGAAAGGAUAAAAUGUAAGCAGAGAAAAGGUAUUAAAGGGAAACUAUGUAUAGUUGCUAAAACCUUGGGCUAAGAGGACUAGCUCUUAAUUCAAGAUGGUAUCAUAGCCAGAAAUGAGACCUCCUUAGUUUGAUCAGUUAGUCAUUAAACUAGUCAUCUUUAUGCUUGCUUGAAAAUAUAACAGGAAAGCCAGAUAUCAUCAGCAUACACCACCUAGUAGACUUAUUUAAUCUUUUAAAGUUUAUAAAAUGUUUCCCUUUAAUUUUAUAAUUAUUCUUUAGUGAAAACUAGUUUCAAGAACAAUCUUUCACCAACAUUUAUAUAAGCAUUAUUUGCAUACAGGAGGGUUUUAAGCUCAGAAUACAAAAUAUGAGGAGAGGAAAUAAAUGAAAUUAGUUUUUACUACUGAAAACUAAACACUCCUCUAAAAGCUUGGAGCUUUUACUUAUGAGUUCAUCACAAGAGUUGGAGCUACUCUUGUUCAACUAAUUCACUGUGGUAAAAUGUUCACUUUUUGAAGGGCUAGUGUGAUACAGAACAGGCAUAAUCAGCUGUUCAAAGGAUCUUUGAAGCCCAGUGAAAGGUUAACCAGGUCCUUUGGGGUUAUUAGCAGAGUAAAAUAUAAAUUUUGGGUCCAACUAUUUGUACUGCAGAAUAGUGGUGGGAUCGUUAGAAUGGAAUAGUAGGAUGUGGCUUUGGCUGAAUGCUUUUCCUGAAUUAACAAGCCAAAAGCAAUAUGACUAUUAGGUGCCCUUUCAAUGCUAGGUAGCCGGUGUUAGGUUUCCACUUAACAGUAUAUGUCCUACUAGUGCUACUCACAAAUAUGAUCCAGUGAUACUAUAUUAAGGAAAUAAGUUGCAAUAUAAUGAAAGAGAGAGGCUCUAGAAUGAUAACCUGUUAAUAAAUUACCAGGAUUUCUAGGGCUUUUGACACCUUAAUUACUGGUAAACUCAUUGCUUCAAGACCUAUGAGAGUGUAUACGUGGGGAGGAGAGACUCAUACAACUUAACCUAAUGAGGAUCAAAGUCUGUGGGGAUCAAUAUCCAAGUACACAUGAAACAGUGCUAAUAUGCAGUAAACACAAGCCAUUUUUGUUCCUUUUUAUCCCAGUCACUCCAGGGUACAGUCACGAUAGAGAACUCAAUUGCACUAUGAUCUCAUUGAGUGAUGUGCAUCUUAGCUCGUUGGAAUUUCUGUUUCUUUUUAAUAUGUAAGUGAGUGCGCGUGUGAUCUGUGUGUUUGCAUAAGCUGGUUUAAAAUUGAAUUUAAGUGCAGAUUUCAGAAAUCUUUCUACUGAAAUAAAUUACUUAAAAUUUA